GCUGAAAGUUCGUAUAUAUAAAUUGUGUCUAUGUAUUUCAGUCUCGCUCUGCUAGCCCGACACAUAUAUUCCCUCCCUUCCCCCCACCACCACCACCAAAUCCUCCUCUCCAUAUCAACGACAGCUUUCUCUCUCUCUCUCUCUCUCACUCUCUCCCCUGGAGUUCAGUUUCAGUUCAAAUCUGGUUCCGAAGUGCCAGAGUCCACGGUCUCAGUGAAAUGCUCGACGAUUUUCUGGUCGAAUCUCUGUGAAUUUCGCUUAACCAAGGCCCUCUUCGCUUUUCGUAUUGGAAAUGGUGAUCGUUGGCCCGAUAAGUCCUGGACAGGUGUCGUUUCUUCUUGGAAUCAUACCUCUAAUUGCAGCUUGGAUAUAUUCCGAGUUUUUGAAGUACAAGAAAAAUUCAGUCGCUGCCAAAGUGUGAGUUGGAGAAUCUUUUCAAUUGUAGGCAGGGACGAAACUAGGAUUUGGUGUGUGUAAGGGGGCGAUCGGAAUGGCAUGUCGUAGGUAGGGGUGAACGAAGGCACUCCGACGUCAAUUUGGCUGAAUUGGGCAAUGGCACAGUUAAGGAAGAUGAUAGAGCUGUUCUAUUAGAGGGUGGAGGUCUACAAUCAGGCUCUCCUAAAUCUCGAAGUUCGUCCACUACAUCUCCUAUUUUCAGGUUCCUCUUGAUGGACGAGCCUUUUUUGAUUGAAAAUCGAUUGACGCUUAGAGCUAUAUCCGAAUUUGGUCUUCUUAUGGCUUACUUUUACUUGUGUGAUCGCACGGAUUUCUUUGGCUCAACAAAAAAGAACUACAAUCGGGAUCUCUUCUUAUUUCUCUACUUCCUCCUUAUCAUAGUUUCGGCAAUAACUUCUUUCAAGAUACAUCAUGAUAAGUCUCCAUUCUCAGGGAAAUCAAUACUUUAUUUAAAUAGGCAUCAAACUGAAGAGUGGAGAGGUUGGAUGCAGGUGCUUUUUCUGAUGUAUCAUUACUUUGCUGCAACAGAAAUCUAUAAUGCUAUCCGAGUUUUUAUUGCUGCAUAUGUGUGGAUGACUGGAUUUGGGAACUUUUCAUAUUAUUAUGUUCGCAAAGAUUUCAGUCUCUCAAGAUUUGCACAGAUGAUGUGGAGGCUUAAUUUCUUGGUAUUAUUUGCCUGCAUUGUCCUUAACAACAGUUACAUGCUAUAUUACAUCUGCCCCAUGCACACCCUUUUCACGCUCAUGGUUUAUGGGGCACUCGGUAUUCUGAACAAUUAUAAUGAGAUUGGGUCAGUCAUUGCUGUAAAAAUCAUUGCCUGUUUCUUGCUAGUUAUCCUAGUAUGGGAAGUACCUGGAGUGUUUGAAGUGGUUUGGAGCCCACUUACAUUCCUUCUUGGAUACACUGACCCAAAUCCUUCAAAAUCACAGCUGCCCCGCUUGCAUGAGUGGCAUUUCCGUUCAGGCCUUGAUCGCUACAUAUGGAUAAUUGGGAUGAUAUAUGCUUAUUAUCAUCCAACUAUUGAAAGGUGGAUGGAGAAGCUUGAAGAAACAGAAGUGAAGCGCAGAAUAACAAUAAAAAUAGCUGUUGCUCUCAUAUCUUCAAUGGUGGGAUAUCUGUGGUUCCAGCAUAUAUACAAGCUAGACAAGAUUUCUUACAACAAAUACCAUCCGUAUACCUCAUGGAUUCCGAUAACGGUCUACAUAUGUUUACGGAAUGUCACCCAGCAUUUUCGUAGCUACAGUUUGACACUUUUUGCAUGGCUUGGAAAGAUAACUCUAGAGACCUACAUCUCCCAAAUCCACAUCUGGUUAAGAUCCGGUGUUCCAGAUGGUCAGCCAAAAUUUUUGCUUUCUCUGAUCCCAAACUAUCCAUUGUUGAAUUUUAUGCUCACCACUUCCAUAUACAUUGCAAUAUCUUACAGACUAUUUCAACUGACAAAUACCUUAAAAAUAGCAUUUGUUCCCAGUAAAGACAGCAAGCGCCUUCUAAACAACGUGAUUACAGCAGUAGUAACCUCAAUUGUUUUAUACUCGUUGUCUUUUGUGUUCCUGAAAGUCCCUGAAUUGUUGUGCCUCCAGCUGAAUUAACUGGAGUAAAAUCUAGGGUCAUAUAUUCGGUUUGAACCCUGUUUGAUUCAAAUAUGUAAAUAUAGCUAAUAGCAUCGAGGGCCACCGGAUUCUGUCGCAAUUCUGUGAGCGCAGCGCAAUGGUCUACUGCCAAACUUUCUCCACAGCAAAAGCCAGUUCGAAAAUGGAUUAUUCUGCUGAAUGUCACACGGCUAGUUAAUUUGUAAGAUUGUCCUAUUGUCACAUUAAUUUGCCACCCUAUAGUAAAAUGAUAAGAAAGUGCAAUGUACCAGUUAUAUCAAUCAAAUGUGUUAUUGCUCUGUUUUCUAAA